AUGUUCAAGACCUCUGACAGUCAAAAAUUACAAGGGACGCCAGAUGUGGACAGCAGCUCCGCCGACGAAACAGCCCCAUCAACGACCGGUCAAAUUUGGCAACAGAAAACAGAUGAAUGGGCAUCUGCCGUGACCUUCAACUGUAGACUCCUCUGCUAUCAGCUUUGGAAAGAUAAGGAGGCGGCCAUACCAAGGCCUCCUCGUUUCCCUUUCGAAACCACCAGUCCCGAUUUUCGGGCAGAGUUGACAGAAUCGGUAGUGUCUCUCAUGAACCAGAAAGAUAUCAGAGGCUACUUUUUGGAAGCCGUGGACAACGGGUAUCAAUACGACCCGACACAAAUCUAUCUCAUUGACUAUGGUAUCUGCUUGAAGCCUGGUGCUAAAUUUCAUAAGUCUUAUAGCUGCGGCGACCGCAGGUCCAAUGAAGUCUACUACUCAGAUUUCGAUAUUGACAGAAGUAAGCCUUUGGGGGCUUUGGACUUUCUCGAAGAGGUUCAGGAUUCGGCACAAAAUUUGGUGACGCCCGAACCAAGCUGGUGGACGGUCAGUCAUGUUGCCCUCAUCUCAAAGGUAGGAGUAUCAGAUCCUUUGGAGUCAUUCCGUUUCUACUUCCUCAAGAGAACCUGGUACGCUAUGCUACUCUGUAUGAGCAGGCUAUCUUGGCGGGUGGAUCAGCUCGAGAGCGGUCCAGACCAAGUCAGCGAUGGCGGAGGUAGAAGUGCCGUGCAUGGUAACGCUGACCAGCUGAGCCAGCCUGCUGAAGCGGGGUUUUGUCUAACAUCCAACAAGCCCCAAGACGGCCGAAGCAAUGCGCCCGAUCACAGCCGGCGGUGCGUAGGCUUCCAAACCCCCCUUCCCCUAUUUGGUCCGUUCCGGACCGGUGGCGAAGUGAUCAGUACGGGAGCCUGCAUUGAGCCUCGAGGCGACUCAACACUUAAUUAUGGGGCUCAGCUCUUGUCAUUCCUCAAAUUCUCGACCAUCAAUGGAUACAGAAUUCGGAGGGAUGCUCUUGAGGCCUGGCUCCAGAACACUCGAGGCGCUGGCAACUUUAGCCUCACAAGGCCGAGAGAUGGGGACAAAGAGAAAGACGGAGACAAUAGGUAUAGACGUGGUAGAGAAGACGCAGACGGAGACUCUAGUGGAGAUAUAGCUAAUGUUAGACAGUCUAAGGAUGGCGACUAUGUGAUAACGGCCACAAUAGCAAUCACUCAGGCGGUGUUCGAGGUGUGCACCUCUGCAAGGCAAACACCGAAUGCGUUAGCCAGUGAGAAUCUGACAAUCUUGAGCGACCCCGCCAUCCGGGCCGAAAUGGAAUUAUUGCAUAAUACUAAGGAAGACCCCCUGGUUGUGCCGACUCCUGUCGUUAUCUUUACACCUAUUACACAAGACGCGUACGAUCGGUUCACGGAGAUUUGCCGUAAUUCCGACGAAUAUCCUCAAGUACAGCUCAGGAAACAAGAACCUCAUGAAGCUCUCUUCGGUGAACGGCAAUAUAGAAGCCUCCUAGAGAGGGAGUGCUCCUUGUUUGACCGCGCGGCAUCUGUGAUAACGUUCUGGGAGACUGGAAGACGAAAUCAAUUCCCUGAUGAGGAAGAAGCCAUUUGGGAUAUGGAGACCCUUUGGUUACACCUGCACCGCGGUGAUCAAGACCCGCACGUUCGUCACGUUUUUGUUAGCGCAGAUAACUCGAGAUCGCCGUUGAGUUGCUCUAUGGAUAUGUUCAAACUAGUUUGCUCAUAUCACCAAGUCAACCCCUCCUUCUUGGAGCCAGUACACGCCUUCGGACGACAGAGCGAGCCUCUCGAUCUCUGUCUGGCUCAGUUCAAAGGCAGCGACACGCUCAACUGUCUCACUGAAGGCCUCCCAGAGCUUCCUAAGAUCGGCCGUUCCGGUCGCGAAAUACAACUGUCUUAUCUUCUCCGCUCCGUCGAAUCUUCCGAAAGUGGCAAAGGGGUCUGGGACUGGCAGAUUCGUCAAGUUGCGAACUAUCACUCCUUCGACGUGGAAACUGGACGGGCCUUUUGGUUCACCGUCAAGGCAGACGAUGUUUUUGAAGACCGGAUCAAGAAAACAAGCCCUCUCCUCAGAAUUCCAGCCAAGACUGAAACACAAGAUGGAGAUGUUUCUCUCUAUCUUCAGGCGUCAUUGGCUACUCACUUGGUUUACCUCUGCUGGUGCGAUGAGAAUUGGCGACAGUUCAUCAACGAGACCGAGGCAGGGAUUCGAGCGAUUGUAACGCCAGCCAGCAAAGCGAUUGUCGAUGACCUCAUUGACAGGGAGUCCAGCCUCUUAAGUGCGUACCCAAAGCCUUUGAGAGACUCCCGUAGCCAAACUAUGUACUCGCACAGUCAAUCCAUGUCGGGCACUUUGACCACCACUAUUGACCCUGAGAAGAACAAGAUGUCGAUGUUAUCCCGGAUGGCAAACGGGACGUCUUCAACUCUGAGCUCUUGGCUGAGACAGGAGAAAUCAAAACAGACGGAUCCGGAGCUCGGUGGCCAUUGCACUGCUUGUACUACGGACACAAGUUCACCGCCUCCCCAGCCAGACACAUGGGAGGUUCUCAACCAGUUUCGGUUCAAAGACGUGCAGACCUUGCACAAGCACUCUGAAAUCAUUCAUCGAGCUUCUCUAGCUCUGGAACUUGAUAUUGGUGUCCUUAAUGACAUCUGUACAUUCUACAGUCACACCGCCGCCGCCGAGUUUCGCGGAAAGAUUGCAUGUGAAGGAGCAAUCAGUAACUUCAUCAAAGAAGUCCAAUCUAUCGCGAGGAGAUUGGAAACACGACUGCAACAAAUGCGCUGCUUGGCCAUCACCCUUGGUCAAAGCAUACAGCUGUAUGAGCGAUUACUCCAGCAGCGUACCAGUCAUAUCGGUAAUUGGUUCGCGGAAAUAGCGCACGAGAACACGAAGCAGAUGCAAGUCAUAACAGACAAGACGUUGAAGGAAACGACGUCGAUGCAUGUCAUCACGAUCGCAACACUAAUCUUUCUGCCGGCCACUUUCGUUGCAACUUUCUUCCAGAGUGGAGUGUUGCUUUGGAAAGAAGAUGGGCCAGACGACAUGACAAGACCAUUCAUCUGGAAGCGCGAUAGCUUAAUGCUCUUCUUAAGCUUCUGUGGUCCUCUGACCGCGGCAACCAUCGGCGGCUGGUUAUUCAUGUGUGUAAGACUGAGAAAAAGUGCACGGCGGAAAUUUGAUGUUUCGUAUCUUGCUAGAUCCACGCUGCCUUCACGCCCCAAAGCACGCAUGGCCACCAGUAGCAGGCUUCUAGCGCAAAUUGACAUUACAGCAUUAGCGGGGGAGGCUGGGAUGAAGCUCGAGAGCCGAGGCAGAAUAGCACUUCCCCGUACAGAGCUAGCACUUGAGAUCUCGGGAUACUUGGUGCCGCUAGAGACGAAUGCAUAUGGUCAGAUUUCCCUUGAGCCGGGUCUCUGCAAUUGGUGGUUGCUGCCUCUCAAAGCAUCGUCCAUGCUCACCCUCCUUCCUCCCCUCCCGCAGUACGUCCUUCCCCCCAAAAGGCCUGAAGAUGGGGAUGUUAACUGGGCUUCCGCUCACAGUUGCCGGGGGUUCGUCUUUUGCUCCUUUGGGGAUCAUUUUGGCACGAGAAGAAUCGCGUUUCUCGUCACAUUACUUCUGUAUACCUACUUGGUCCCAGAAUGCAUCGUUUGGCCGCUGGGGCAAAACAACAUCUAUGCAUUGACGUUGCGGAAGGUCGAGGCAAGAGUUGGUCCUGCUCAGCAAGCACGCCGUCCACUCUCUCAUUCGCCAUCUCCUUUUGAUAUUGUUCCAAAUCUGGGCCGCAGAGAACUCAUAAAAUGGGAAUACGAAUCAACAACGACGAACUACGUCUGGAGGGGUGUCAACAGAGCAAGGGAAGUCGUUCCAUUGGAAACGCAUGAUCUGGAGCUGGGAAACGGCUCCGUGAUUGUCUUCUCAUCACUGUUCCCGCUUGCUUUUCAUCACUGCUCCCGUAGGUCUACCAUGGAGCAGACGUGUAGCGACGGAGCUUGCUUCAAAGGAGUGUGGGUAGGGACUUUCCGACGCAUCUCCAUGCAGCAAGAACGUAGCUUCCUCGACGUCACACUCCGACAUGGGCCUAGUCGCGCGAGCUUAGAGCGGCGGGAGAAUCGGCCGCACUUGAGGGACUCAUUGGCUAUUUCGCUCGGGGCUGAGAGAUGGAGGCCAGGCUGCACGUCAGACAACGCUGCCGAGACCUGCAGGAUGCCGAUUCUUCCGCUCAGCGACGAGCAAGGAACAUUGAUUCUGAAUUUUUGGCCUGCCACAACUUUUGGCGCAGGCUGCAUAUGGAACUCUUGUCUCUGCUGGGAAGGAUCAAUAAAACCAGCCCCUCUAUGCAAGAUCCGCGCCAAAAGCAGACCAGGCGCACCAAGUCUGUCUGACCUGAGUCGAUGCCUAUCAGGCGUUUAUUGCCUUACUGGUUCGCCAACGCCCCCUGGGAUAAAAACGCCUGGAGUUGAAAUCGACGGCGUUGAUACCCCGUGGCUUCAAAGUCAAGACAAUCUUCGUCACUACCUCAAGCGCCUAGUCAAAUUGAGAGUCAAGAGCAUCUUUAACCCUCAAAACCCGAGUCUUGGCAUGAAGUUCUUUCACUACAACAUCAUUGCAAAAUUUAAGCGAUAUGUAGAUCAGUACGUCUCCGAGCGUAGCUGCCGUGGCAUGAGAGGGUACGAGGACGGGCUUGUUGAUUUUGUUCCCCGAUGCGCGCUGGACAGCUUCUGGGUGGCGGAGAAUGUGGAAGGCGUUCUCCUUGGUCGAGAAGACUGGAUCAAAGACAGCACUUCCACUAUUCAGAGGGGUUACAUCCAAGUCUUCUCCAUCCUCGUCUACAUGUCGCAACCCCAGCACAUUUCUCUUUUCACAGGAGAGUCUAUUCAUGACGGAUUACUACCACUGAGAGAGACACCUCAUGCGUUUUCCGAGGCCGCAGAGAAAAGUAUUUUUGAGGAAUUCGAGAAAGAACAGUGGAGAUUCUGCCCCUUCCUGUUCGAUACCGAAGGGAGAGGCAAACCUCACAAACGACAUCUCCCACCGCUACAGAUCAUCCCUAUCAUCGCCAAAGAACAGAUCAAACACUCAGGGGCCACCUACGACCACAGAGUCUGCGUAUUUCGAGUAACGCUACAUUCGCUGUGCUUUAACCAGGAGGAGGUGGUCUUCAAAACCUAUCAUGGAGAAGACCCAGAGGUGGUUCAAACCUACGAAAAUGAAGUGAAUAUGUACACGCAGCUGGACGCACAACCGACUCUGUACGAUUCUAUGUCCGUCAUUAGAUAUUUCGGCUCAUUCGAAAUUCCUGGUCUACGAACCGUAAUACUUGAGUACGCCAGAGGCGGGAAUCUGAAGUCUUUCUUCGAAUCGUGUCCUCCUCCUUUAGCUCGUUCAGACCGUGUCCUUUUCUGGAACAACUUGAUGGAUCUAUUGGGCGGUCUGCACGCAAUUCACAACCUCAAGGAAACUCAAGGAGGCAAAGGGUCCUGGGGACUCAGAGGGUCUGUCGCCAUAACAUAUCACGACAUCAGGCCACAAAAUAUCCUGGUCUGCCCUGAUCAGUCUGGCAACGUAUACGCUGCAAAAUUCAAAUUUGUGGAUAUGGGAACUGGGCAUAUUCGUAGGUCAAGAAACCAGGGAAUGGAACUGAACGCCGACGACAACUGGGGUAACGGGAUGUACAGUGCCCCAGAGGCAUACAGGGAUCAUGGAGACUCCAGGGCAAUUCGAUGGGAGAGCGAUGUAUUCUCUCUCGGAGCCGUUGCUAGCGAAGCUCUCGUCUGGACAAGGUGGGGAGAGUAUGGACGUGAUCUUUACCAGAAGGAUCGAGUUAUUGAGACUCGCAUGUCCCGCUUAAAAGGAGGCUUUCAUGAGGGAUCUUUCCAUGACGGAGAUCCAGACGGGCCGUGCCUUCUGAACUCAGUUGAAACAUGGCUUCAGAGAGCAAGUAGCUUCGCUGGGGAAGAAUCUCAUUGGUUUUUGGCAGUGAGCAGAUUUCUGCUUACCCGCAUGCUCUCUAUGAACCCAAGAAAAAGGCUCGAGGCCAUUGAGCUUCAUGACGAAUGGAAGAGCAAAGUCUUUGAAGGGCCUGACCUGGUUCAGCCACACGAAGAACUUUACCCUCUUACAACCAGAUUCUCAGAGCCAUAUUCCACAUUUCGGAGGAGGGAAACCAGCCCACUGAGUCAACUCCCCGUUGAGAACUCUCCAAGAACAGUGGAGGCAACUCAUUUCAUCGGAUCAAGAUCGGAAUCCAGUCCUGGAAUUAUUGUACAGUCACCGGAAGAAAUGCGAAACGAGAUUGACCUGGGAAAUGCAUACCGGCAUAACACGCGAGUGCCUCAGAGGUUCAACACUGUGCCCCAGCGACCGAAUCAUGGUUCUGACAGCAUUUUGAACCACGAAAAUCGCUUGUCUGUGCCAGGUGCUACUUAUGCGGCAUCUGAAACCUACCAUGGACCUUUCAAUCGGCACAGAACACCGGAGUUUGGGCCAGUUGAUGCCGCAAAUGCUCUCAAUAUCGAAGCCCAGACAAGUACCCCAAUGGACGUGGGAAAUGAGGCAAUGGGAGUACCGAUGGGAGUACCGGAACAACCAAUGUCACUGAACGUCGCCAGCAACCCUCCGAUGGACGUCCUUCGGAACGAAAGUCUCCCAAGUCGACAGGAAAGAUUGCCAUCCUACACAUCCCAACUCGGACUCUUUCCUCCGAAUCAAUUUCAAUGGAACACGGAACCCAACUCUCCCCAUGAAGUCAAUGAUGGUGUAAUUACAAUGGCAGCCAUCUACAAUCUAUGCAUAGAAGGUAAAGAUCGCUCACGUUCGCGAUUCCGACGCUCUCCAAGCAUGAAGUCUGAAUUCAAAGGGAGACCCCUUGAGGCGUUCCCACAGCUGGUGUCAGCCCUGCAGAAGUUGAAAGGAGAGAAGGGCCGUGAUCAGAUGUUUCUCGUGGAUGACUCGAGAUCCAUGGAGCCUCAUCAAAAGAAAGUAGCCGCGAGCUGUCAAGUCCUCUCGUACUUACUCAAAAAGGGAGAGGUUGACCCAAAUGCAACCUUUGAAGUCUAUUUUACCUCAUCUCACCCUCCACUUCAAUCAACAAGGACCUCGGAAUUGAAAGAUAAUAUAGAAAAGAUGCUAUUCCAUGAAGAUCAAUGCAACAUGGCCCCAAGUUUGGACGAGUUGGUCAGUAAGGCUAUCCAGAAUAAGAAACCGGUCAGCAUAUAUGUCUUGACGAACGGACACUGGAAUCUCAAGAACCGAGACAAUUUCUGCGGUGUAGAUGGACCGAUCAAACGCUUGGUGACUCAUGUUCGACGGACAAACGAACAGCAGAAUUGGAUCGGUGUCCAGUUCAUCCGCUUCUUUGACGACAACGAAAAUCCUGAUGACAAGCUCGGGGAGACUCGGUUGAAAGCAUUGGAUGACGAUUUGAAGCAACAAACGGGAAUAGACAUCGUCGACACACGGAAUUUUGACGCAGAUGUGCGCAAAAUUUUACUUGCUCUGACGACCUUACCGGCAUGGAUUUUCACCAAAGGCGCGGCGUUAGGGGCAUGUUUGUUAGAGAGUCCAUUGUUUUCUGCCUUGGGGGUCAUUUAUGGCGUUGGCGUUGAUGAUACUUUCAAGAUUUUCUUCUCUGUUUUGCUCCGUGUGUAUUUGCAACUUUCGAGAUUCCGCUCCAGAAACGAACUAGCCGACGAGGAAUAUGUCUGUAGCAAUCAACAGAUUGCCGCGUUGAAGAUUUUUGACAAAGCACUGAUCCUGUCGCUGAUGCACUUUCAAAUCAUGUCUUUCAGCAUGUGCAUUGGCCAAGCUCGUUUGCGCCCCGCUGUCUCAUGGCGUGGCAUCCUGAGUGCCAAGAUUAACGAUGAUGAGAUACAGAUACAGAUCUCAGCUAUCAUCAGCCGCAAAAGCCACGCUAGGGGAGUUGUCAGCCACGCCAACGCACCAAGUAUCACCAUCCAGAAGAAGGAAAGGGCUGCUGAGAUAAUGACCAGUAACUCCAACGCUCGUCUACUCCGUACUCCAACAAACAAGCAGCCAACCCCUGUUCUGCCCCUGACAGCUCGCAGCGACGCCCAGACCGACGACCCCUGCAAGCGCACCACCCAUCGGCGAUGUCUGGACUCUGAUUCCCUGAGAGUGUCCGGCGGCCCCUCUCUUGUGCCUGGUGUUGGCUGA